UAGCCUUUAAAAAAGUCGGAGUUAUUUUGCAGACGGAACAAUAAACAGAGGCCGAACGGAUGUUUUUGAUUAGUCUCUCUGAAUAUAGAGAUAUAGGUUUAGAUAUAAAUAACUACAGGUGUUUGUUGGCAGCAUGGGGUCCCGCAGACAGGCCCGGGUGUGGAGGUAUGUCGAAGAAGGCAGUCUUUUGAAGCUGAAGUCGUACCUCCGAAAGCACCGAGACAUGGAUGUGAACUUCUCCCGGGGAAAGAGGCAGAGGAGCCCGCUGCAGCUGGCCUGCUCGUUGGAAGACGAUGGUGUGCUGCGGCUUCUGCUCAAACACGGAGCCGAUGUUCUCCAGAGGGACCGGCGGGGAGACACGGCGCUGCACAUUGCCGCCAACAGGGCGCUGAAACACGGGAAAACGGUUUAUGAUGACUUCGUUGUGCCGCUCAAGAAGAAAUGUCCAGACGCUUUGAAUGCUCCAAACAGAGCUGGAGUCACACCGCAAGACCUGCUGAACUGGAUGAAACCUUCACAGGGUGCAGAAAGCAUGAGUUGUCCACCUGAGUCAAACCUUGAGAAGGAGUGGCUGGAGAAGCUGCUUGGUGAAUGCGAGGAGGAAUUUUUUGAAAGUUUUGCAGCAUAUGAUGCUGAUGAUAAUCUACCUGUUGAUGAAGAAGAGGAAGACUUUGGGGACUGGGCGGAUCGUAUCAGAAGAGAGUAUUUUAACAAGAAACAUGCUAAAGCUCAAAGACUGGCAAGUACGUCCUUUAAGUGUAAAAAAGAAAACGGCCGACAAAAGGAAGAAAGCAAUAGGGAGCUGCAUGAAAGACUGCAGAGAGAACAUGAGGAGUAUCUUGCUCGGGCAGCACGCAAAGAGGAAGAGACUCGGCGGGGAAAGAAACGGCAGUACGAUGAGAAGUGUGCCGCCACGUUCAGUGCAGCUGCCUCAGCAUCAGCCAGCAUGAAGCUGAGCUACGGUGACAUCCCCUGGCCAUCUCCUAGGGGCACCGUCCAGGAAAUGUUGGACGUGAUGCUGCAUGGCGUGGACCGAAAGGACGAGGUGGCGUUUCGUAAGGCGCUCCGGAAGCAGCAGGCGCUGUGGCAUCCUGAUAAGUUUGCCCAACGGUGUGAAGCUCGGCUGGAGGAGAAGGACAAAAAGCGGAUUCUGGACACAGUGACGUCUCUAUCACAGGAACUCAACAGCCUGGCUCAGAGUCUGAAGACUUAGAAAUAAACAAAUGAACUGAACAAGUGCCGUGGAGAACUUCAAAAACCCAGCAUUUGCACCCUGUUUAUUGGCAACAUAGUCCUUACAGUUUCUUCAGUUCAAAUUCAUAGAUAAAUCAUUGGUGCAAUACAAGGGAUUUCUUGAAAGAAAAAACACUCAUACACAGGUUAUAGGCAGAUUAAACAGAUUGAGAUUUUGGGCUUAAAAUGAUGCAUUUAAACAGUUAUGUUUUAGGAUGCAAUGUUAACACCACAUAAAACGUCUAUGAAUUUUAAAAACAAGAAUCAGGAAUCAGAAAGUUGCAUUUAAGGCUUGUUUUCUUUAAUCUACACAGGUUCAGAAUUAUACAUACAGACUCAAAUAUUUACUUAGAUUCUCACCAAAUAGACACCUGGUGGUUUUACUUUUACAAGUUGCAGAUAAGCCAGACACUUUUAGUUAACAUGAACAAGCUCCUAGCAUAAUUCUGGCAGGAUAUCUCUCUACCUUUACUCUGGGAACUUGUAGAGGAAUUUUAAAGAGGUUGGUUUUUGAAAUGGGAUCCAACUUGUAAAUGUAGCCAAUAAUUUCUCAUCAGAGUUGAGGUCAGGACUUGAGAAAGUUCAUUCAGUAAGCCCUACAUCAACUUGGACGAGGCUCACAUUCUUCUAGUUUGUAGGAGUCCAUUUGAGGUAUUCACAGCUAAAAACACUGUACCAACUGUCAAGCAUGGUGGUGGUAGCAUCAUGCUGAGGGUCUGUAUCACUGCCAGUGGUACUGGUAGAUUGCACAAAGUGGAUGGAAUACUGAAGACGGAGGAUGACCUCCAAAUCCUUAAAUCCUUCACAUCAACAGUUAGAUGGUUGAAAAUUGAACAUUGUUGCUAUUCCAAAAGCACAUUGAUCCCAAACAUGCAUCAAAACUGGUAUUUGAGUAGAUAAACCAACCUUCCAUUAAGUUUUAUGAAUGGCUUGGUUUGUUGUAUAAUCAUCCCAACCUGAAAAAAAGAACGGUUUAAAUGCAUCAUCACCUCAAAAUAAACAUGACAUUAAUGAGGAGUGUAGGUAAGCUUCUGCUGGUCUCUGCAUUUGUACUUUAAUAAUGUAGCUGUAAUAUAUUUAUAAAUGUAUUUCUUCA